UUAUUACUCAAUAUAAAUUCUGAGUCUUGCCACUCAGAUCUAAAAGCUGGACUGUCGGUUGCUUACCUAGCUAGCUUUACCAUUCCCACUGAAUAGUAGUCUGAGAGAAGCUGAUCAGGGUUUUUCACACUGCCCUUAAAACCCCACCACCAUGGCCAAAGUCUCUACCACACUGCUUCCGCUCCUUUUCUUUGCCAGAAUCUCAGGGCUUUUGGUUGCAAUGCUGGUCCUCUUCUGGGCUUUAGCUUUCAAGUCCAGCUUUCUCUCUCACUCUGCUUCUCAGGAGGAUCUCAUCUACUCAGUUCUUCAUCCUUUGUUGAUGGUCAUUGGUUUCAUUCUUAUUAGUGGAGAAGCAAUUCUGGUGCAUAGAUGGUUGCCUGGUUCAAGGAGUUUGAAGAAAUCCGUGCAUUUGUGUCUUCAAGGAGUAGCUUUGGCCUCUGGAAUUUUUGGGAUUUGGACAAGGUUUCAGGGGCAGGAUGGGAUUGUGGCUAAUUUCUACAGUCUGCAUUCUUGGAUGGGUUUGAUCUGCAUCUUCUUGUUUGGUGCUCAGUGGAUGAUGGGUUUUCUGAGCUUUUGGCAUAGAGGUGAAAUGAGGAGAGCAAGGAUAAGGGUGUUGCCGUGGCACAUAUUUCUUGGGCUAUACACAUAUGGUUUGGCUGUGGCAACUGCAGAAACUGGACUAUUAGAGAAGCUCACAUUCUUGCAAACAAAUAGGAAUUUGGCCAAACGAUGCGCAGAGUCCAUGAUUGUUAAUGGUUUAGGAUUGGGGCUUGCUCUUCUCAGUGGCAUUGUCAUUUUGGCUGCUGUUUCACCCAAAAAACAAUCCCACCAUUACAAAACCAAACUUGUCUACUCUGAUACUAAAACACUGCCCUCUCAAUGAUUUUUUAUUUUUU